AUGAAAAAAUAAUAAAAUUGAGCAAUAAAAAUAGCAGAAUGUACCCAAACUUUGCAAUGUUUAAGACCAAAUUAAUUUUUUAUUAUAUAUAUAUAUAUAUGAUAUAAAGAGUUUGAAUUUUUAACGAAAUAGAAUUGUUUGAGGAUAUUAAAAGAUGUCCUAAGGAGCUGAGUGGUUUUGCAGUGGCCCAUUGGGCUAAUUUGGGCCGGAACUGUAUUGGGCCUGUGGAGAUGCUAACUAUUAGGACGUUGAACUCAAAUUAAUUUCUGGAACACGGCGGAGGAAUCUUGAAAAUGGCCGCAGUUUUAGUUACUGGGCCACCGGUGGAGUUCUCCACCGCAUCCCGCCGCCGCCAUCACGACCGCCUCCUCCACAUUUUAACUGAAUCCGACACCGUUUCUAUCCCUCACCUCAAGCAAAUACAUGGGCAAAUCCUCCGUACUGCGCCAGCACCCAACGACAGUCCGGAAACAAUCUUUCUCUACAGUAGACUUCUCCACUUUUCGUCCUUGCAAGACCUAGCCUAUACUUUGCAACUCUUCGGUCAAAUCCCGAACCCCAAUACGUUCAUUUAUAACACUGUGAUUAGAGCCUAUGCGCAUAGCAAGGACCGCAAGAAACAGGAGUUUGCUUCCUGAUAAGCAUACGUUCCCGUUUGUGCUAAAAGCUUGUGCUUAUUUAUUUGCUUUGAGCGAAGGGAAACAAACUCAUGCACAGGUUUUGAAGCAUGGGUUGGGCUCGGAUGUUUACGCGAACAACAGCUUGAUUCAUUUCUAUGCCUCGUGCGGGGACUCGGAGAAUGCGAAGAAAGUGUUUGGUAAAAUGCCGGAAAGAAGCUUGGUCUCAUGGAACGUGAUUAUUGAUGCGCUUGUGCAGAUGGGGGAGUUUGAUGAAGCGUUGAGAAUUUUUGUGGAGAUGAAGUCAUCAUUUGAUCCGGAUGGGUACACAGUGCAAAGCGUGAUAGAUGCCUGUGCUGGUUUGGGGGCAUUGUCUAUGGGUAUGUGGGCACAUGCAUAUGUUUUGAGAAAGUGUGAAAUCGAUGCUAAUUUUGAUGUUCUUGUGAAGAAUUCUCUGAUAGAGAUGUAUUGCAAAUGUGGGUCGUUGAGGAUGGCUCGGCAAGUUUUUCAGGAAAUGAGUAGACGGGAUGUGAAUUCUUGGAAUACUAUGAUUUUAGGAUUUGCCGUGCAUGGGGAGGCGGAAAGAGUAUUUGAACAUUUUGGUCGAAUGGUCAAUGAAGAAAAACUACUACCAAACUCUAUUACAUUUGUUGGUGUCUUGAGCGCUUGCAAUCAUAGAGGUUUGGUUGACGAGGGUCGUAGAUACUUUGAUAUAAUGGUAAAUGAGUACAAGGUGGAGCCAGUUUUGCAGCACUUCGGCUGCCUGAUUGACCUUCUUGCCCGCAACGGGCAAAUCUUUGAAGCGCUUGAUAUUGUAUCAAGCAUGCCAAUGAAACCUGAUGCCGUGAUUUGGAGAAGCCUUCUUGAUGCUAGUUACAAGCAAAGUGAAGGCUUGGACCUGAGUGAAGAAAUGGCAAGGCAGAUAAUGGCAGCCGAGGGGAGUGAAAGCAGUGGAGUUUACGUUCUUCUUUCAAGAGUAUACGCCUCAUCUAAUCGAUGGAAUGAAGUUGGGUUGGUUAGGAAAAUGAUGACUGAUAAGGGUGUAAGUAAAGAGCCUGGUUGCAGUUCAAUUGAAAUCAACGGCAUCGUUCAUGAAUUUUUUGCGGGGGAUACAACUCAUCCACAGACCAAAGAAAUCUACCAGUUUCUGGAUGUGAUUGAAGAAAGACUGAAGUUGGCAGGGUAUGUUCCUGACUUUUCACAAGCACCUUUGAUAGAUGAAGCCGAUGAUGGGAAGGAACGUUCUCUCAGACUUCACAGUGAGAGACUGGCAAUUGCCUUUGGCCUGUUGAACUCCAAGCCAGACGUGCCAAUUCGUGUAUUCAAAAACCUGCGUGUCUGCAAGGAUUGUCAUAAUAUUACCAAAUUAAUCUCCCAAGUCUUCAAUGUUGAGAUUAUUAUGAGAGAUCGCCUUCGAUUCCAUUGCUUUAAAAAUGGUUCAUGUUCUUGUAUGGAUUUCUGGUAAAUGUAUCAAUUGUUAUAUGAAAUUGCCACGAGCUAGCCAUCAAUGUUCAUCUCCAGGUAGAAAACAGUUCCAAUCUUUCUCUGGCCAUUCAUUCAGUAAUGAUAAUGCUAAACAUCUCGGAAAUCAAUCAAAAUUUCAUUUGUUUACGGGUCAUAAUACAAAGAUUUGCUACAAAAUCAGCAUAAGCGCUACAUUCCAGAGGGAGAAAAUGAGCAAAAGAA